UCCUCGCUCCUCCAGCUAGUCUGGCUGUUGCGCCUUGCUGCCUCAAGGGUGCGCAAAAGCGGGAGGGGCGCGCCAACUCCUGACUCUGCAGGUGGCACAGCCGCCGCCCUGGGUCGCUGGAGUCGAAGGUCACCCCUGCGUGGAGGCUGGGGCGGUUCGCAGGGCCUGGACGCGACCAGGAUUUUCCCGCUGCGCGCGUCGCCCCAGGGAUCCCACAGCUCCGUUUCACAGUUGCCAGGAGCUCGGGGAAUCACCUUUUCUCACCUGAGUUUUGAAUGCCACCUCGCAGUCAAGAAUCCGUGUGAAAGAGGGACAAACGCCCGCGCCCCAGCCUCAGAGACACCCCUUCGAAGUGAAACCCCAUGCAUUGCACCCUGGAGAGAAAUAAUUACCUGGGGGAAAAUAAAUCACUGGUGAGCUGCAGCUGGAGUUCAGUGAUAAACUAUUUGAUACAGAGUCCUAAACAUGCAUUGUGGAGGAGGAUUCAUGACUCUUUUGCUUCUUAUGGUUACACGCGACUCAGAAACGUGUUUUUCACGGCCCAAUAUUAGCGCGGUGGAAGGGGAACCUUUUUAUCUGAAACAUUGCUCCUCUUCGCACACAAGUGAAAAUGAGGAAACCUCUGUAAGAUGGUACAAAAGCAGCAAGUCGAACGGACGCACUGAGCUGAACCCAGGCAGCUCUCCCAGAAUUACUAUGUAUGACAACACUUUGGAAUUUUGGCCACUAGAGUUAGAAGACCAGGGCUCUUAUUUUUCCCAAAUGGGAAAUGAUACUCAGGAGCGGACAUUAACCGUCACCAGAAGAAACAUACACAGCUGUUUUAAUGAAAAACAAGUAACUAGCAAACCUGUGGGAGUUGAGAAAGUUUUGGAGAUUCCAUGUACAAAUGAUUACUAUCAGAAACGGAUCAAGAAAACAUCAUUAUAUAAGAACUGUGAAAAGUUAGCUGAAGACAAUUCUAGCCUAUUUAUGAUGAAGAACGCUGAGUUCAGUGACCAGGGAUUUUACUCCUGUGUGUUUUCUGUUUAUCAUAAUGGAAAAUUUUAUAACAUCACCAAAACCUACAACGUAAUAGUAACUGAAGGUCAGAAGAAUAUGGCUCCCGUUCUUAUUGGACCAAAGAUUAAUUAUGUUGAAGUGGAAUUAGGAAAAACUGUACAGCUGAGUUGCUCGGCUUUGAUGAAUGAAAAUGACAUAAUUUAUUGGAGCUUCUGGAAAGAAAUGGACCAAUUUAGUAAUAUACAGGAGGAAGGAAAGAAAACAUGGAUCUCAGAAGGCAAAUCUUAUGCUUCAACAAUACUGAGAAUUGAGAAAGUUAAGGAAAACAAUCUAAAUUUUUCAUAUAAUUGCACUGUGGUCAAUCAGGAAAAAACAGACACCAGUACGUUCAUCUUGUUGAGAAAAGCAAGCAAAGAUGACAUCCCAGGCGACAUCUUCACUGGAGGAAUGAUUGUAGCAAUUUUGAUCUCGGUGGUGGUAGUGUGCCUAGUGAUUAUGGGUAUCAUCUAUAGAGUUGACUUGGCUCUAUUUUAUAGAAAAUUAAUGAGAAGAGAUGAAACACUAAAAGAUGGAAAAACGUAUGAUGCUUUUGUGUCUUACCUAAAAGAUGGUUGCUCGGAGAAUGCAGAAGAGUACACUUUCGCUGUGGAGACUUUGCCCAGGGUGUUGGAAAAACAUUUUGGGUACAAGUUAUGCAUAUUUGAGAGGGAUGUGGUACCUGGAGGAGCUGUUGUUGACGAAAUCCAUUCACUGAUAGAGAAAAGCCGAAGACUGAUCAUUGUCCUCAGUAGUAGUUACAUGUCCAAUGAAGUCAGGUAUGAACUUGAAAGUGAACUCCACGAAGCAUUGGUGGAAAGAAAAAUUAAGAUAAUCUUAAUUGAAUUUACACCUGCGAGUGAGUUCUCAUUCUUGCCUCAGUCAGUCAACCUCUUGAAAUCCCACAGAGUGCUGCAAUGGAAGGCUGGUAAGUCUCUUUCCUAUGACUCGAGAUUCUGGAAAAAUCUUCUUUAUUUGAUGCCUGCAAAAGCCACCAAGCCAAACAAAGGAGAAUCAGAAGCCUUGCCUAUUUUUUCAGCAUAUUGAGCUCCAGAAAAGCUGAGUAUGGGAAAGAACUCCCGCUGUUCUGGGGAGCAGCAUAGGAGCCUGCUCAUAACAAAGGCUGUUGUUUAAAAUAGACGACUCUUUGAACGUCCUGCUCACAGUUCGAAGAUGAGAUCUGUCAUUAGGUCAUUGGGGAUAAGACCAAACAUUGAGCUGUGGUCCUUCUGGAAAACCCUGGAAUGCAAAAGAAAUGGAGCUCUUCUUUCUUCCUCUUCUGAAACUGCUGGCAGCUGCUCACAUGGAUCAGCCGAUUCAGCAAGUGUGAGGCUGGGAACCUUGCAAAUCAACUUUUGCCUUACAUGGAAGGUGCAUCUUUAAGAGUUUUCAAUGCUAACAAUUAAUUUGAACGAGAGGAUUUUAAGGGUGCAAGGAGCUGUUUUCUAUGAACCACUGGAUGGUAGUCACUGGAAUGCUGCCUUCACCCCCCAGCACUGGCCAUCGAUCUCUAAAUGCAUGGGACGUGGAAGGAAAGAGAGGCCUGAUGAUGUGCAGAGCAGGGAGGUGAUGAGGGCCCCUGCUGCAAGCAGGGCCUGAACCUCAAGAUAUGCGUCCUGUGGCCCAGCCACAGUUGCGAGGAAACAGUUCUUGGAACUCCAGAGAGGCACUGCAUGAACCUGGUUUAUUCGAACCUGUUUGUAAGAACUUUUAAAAGAGAACCCCAAACAGAAGGACUUUUCACAAAAUACCCAAAUUUUAAUUCAUAGGAUUCUCUGGGUCUUUUGCUCAUAAUGUCCUAAAACACUUGUUGAUUGUAUGUAAAUGUUUAUAUCCAGGAUGAGUGCCACUCAUAAGAUCACGGGAUGCACUGAACCACAAGAAAAAAAUAAAACAUAGGUAUUCACUUUUUUUUUUUUUAACAAUUAAAUUUUUUAAAUGCCACUAGUAUGGAAGAAGCAUGGCAUGAUGGUGUCCAAUCUUGAGUUUGCUACUUAGUUCUGUGACCUCUGGAACUUUACCUAACUUCUCUGUGCCUCGUUUCCACAUUGUAAAAUUAGAUUUUGUAAUAGUUUUACCUACUUCUCAGGGUUACUGAGUGAAUAAAGUACUUCCAAGUAACUAUUCUUGGUGCAGACUUACCACUGAAGUGUUGCUAUCACUAUUAUUGCUGUUACUGAUUAUUACUUAUAUCAGUUAUUUAACAGUGGAUCAAAUAGAAGCCACAGAGCUGGAAGGGGAGGCAGAUCUGGAGAAGGCGGCAUCUGAAUUUGAGGGCAUUAGUAAAUAGAAAUAUAAGGAGAUGCAUAUUAAUAGGGCAAAAGUUACCCCUCCGCUGGACAUGUGUUACUUUUGGCCUUAGAAGUCCUACAUCUGUUUCCCUAGAGGAACCCCAGUUCUGUGGGCCUUCCAGUUGACCUCAGAAGUAAUGCCUGUCCAUGAAAAUCACCUAGUGAUAAGCUGGGCAUGGUGGUGCACACCUGCAAUCCCAGCGAUAUGGGAGCCUAAGGCACAAGGAUUGAAAGUUCAAAGCCAGCCUCAGAAACUUCGUGAGACCCUAAGAAACAUAGCAAGACCCUGUCUCAAAAUAAAAAAUAGAGAAAGGGCUGCAGAUAUGGCUCAGUGGUUAAGUGCCCGCAGGGGACUUAACUCAAUAGUCUCCGGUACCAAAACUAAACAAAACCAAACCAAAAAACACUGAUGACUCGGCCUUACAGAGCAAGGCAAGACAGAUAUGUACGAAACUGUCAAUUUGGGAGGUUGACUAGAACUUUAGUGCAGUAUGAAUGUUCCGGAAAAUUUAAAGAGUCUCUUUAAAACAGAAGAUUUUGUUGAACAUCCAAGACAAACGAGAUUUCUUUGAGAGAGUGAGAUGCAAUUUUUUGGUGCUUAUGAUUCUGUGUGCUUGUUGACUGGCUAAAGCUGGUAAAUGAUUUUUUAAAUGAAUACCUUAUGUUUUAUAUGUGAAAAUAUAUAAUCAAAAAACUUAUAUUUCUAUUAUAAUGCAUAGAAUAAUUUUGCUUUUCUCUUUUAUUAUGCAUUCUUUAAAACACAUUAAGUGUAUUUUGUAUUAAAUGUAUUUCACAUUAAAUAUGUGUAUUCUAUAUAUUAGAUAUGUGCUUUAAAGAACUUCAAAUAUAAAGUAAUAUGUUAAUAAA